UGCGUUUCAACGCGUGUUUCUCUGCAGAAGUAGGUGUUUGUGUAUUUCGCUGUUGUGAUUUUCCAAUUCCGUACUGUAUUUCUCUUACUCUUUUAAAUCAUGACUAAAGAAUUUUAAGAGCAGCUUUGAUGGGAUUGUGAUCACGUGUUUCUGCCUGCGUUCCCUGCCUGCACUUGGUUUAUCUGACCACCAUGGAUGCUCUGACCCAGGCUCUCUCCUCCAGCUUCUCUGUUUCCAGAGAACCAAACAGCACUUCUGCUCCUCAUCCACGCCUGGCCCAGUACAAGAGCAAAUACAGCGUCCUAGAGCAGAGUGAACGGCGCAGGAGGUUCCUGGAGCUGCAGAAAGAGAAGAGGCUAAACUACGUGAAUCACGCCCGUCGACUGGCUGAUGGAGACUGGACUGGAGCUGACAGCGAGGAUGAGGAGAAUGAAGAGAAGAAGAGUAAGCAGCAGCUGGAGAACAGCGCUGAUGAAGAAGGGAUGGAGAUCGAGCAGAGGAAAAAGCUGCCGAAGUAUUAUGCCAAUCAGCUAAUGCUGUCAGAGUGGUUGGUGGACAUCCCUGCAGAUCUGAGCUCUGAUUGGCUGAUGGUGGUUUGUCCCAUUGGAAAGCGUUCCCUCGUUGUUGCCUCCAAGGGAUCCACAUCAUCUUACACCAAAAGCGGCUACUGUGUCAAUCGAUUCCCUUCUCUCAUUCCUGGUGGCAACAGACACAACUCUGCACUAGGAAAAGAUUACACCAUCCUAGAUUGCAUCUACAGUGACGUAGACAGAACAUACUACAUCCUGGACGUCAUGUGCUGGAGGGGACAUCCUGUGUAUGACUGCUCAACAGAGUUCCGGUUUUACUGGCUGCAGUCUAAAGUGGAAGAGGUUGAAGGUCUUUCUGAAAUUUCCAAGAUAAAUCCUUUCCGAUUUGUGAGUCUGAACAGCAUCAACUGUUCUACAGAGUCCAUCCAGACGGCUCUUGCACAUGAGUACACCUUUACAGUGGACGGGCUUCUUUUCUACCACAAGGAGACCCACUACACCCCUGGCAGCACGCCGCUGGUCGGCUGGCUCAGACCCUAUAUGGUUGCAGAUAUCUUGGGUAUCGAGGUGCCACAGAGUCCCCUCACCAACAAGCCUGAUUAUGCCAGCCACCAACUUCAGCAGAUCCUGGAGCACAAGAAAACCUCUACUGAAGUUCGACCGGCCGACCAAAAUGGCCGAUAUGAACUGGAACACCUGUCCACACCAGAGACACAGAACUCUCACAGCGCUCAGAAAGAGAGCAUGGAGGUCUGAGAACUUCUGCAUGAAUUUUUUUUUAGAGAGCACUUUUCACAAGCAUCUGUAUGACCGUGAAGAUGAUUUCAUUUCAGGAGAACGCAGAUGUCAGUGAGUUUUUAAUUGCUGCCUGUAUUUAAAAUUGCAAUUCAGUUCUAAGUAACUCAGAUGGAACUUUUUCUGUAACCGUAAUCGCAAAAAAGAAACUGUUCUGCUUUUUUUUGCAGAUAUUAUUUUAAGAAACAUCUAGGUAAACCAUCAAGCUCUGCUGAUUUCACCUACUGUGUUUAGUCAUGCAUCUUCAUUGGAUUUUAUAUAUAGCUUUUUAAUUAAAUCUUUUCUGUAGAAGAUCAGAUCAUUAAGAUUUAGCUGGUGGAUAAACCUAUGAAUAAUUUUUUUAAAUUUGUGUUAUGACUUCAAUAAAGUUUUACUGUCUGUUUAGUUUA